AAGUGGAGAGAGGAAGCGGAAAAUCCACGCUUGGGGUUUUUCAAUUGAAAAGUAGGGUUGGAAUGAUUACGGUUUUCAUUUUCCAUCAUUUCCCUCCAGUUUUCACAUGCCACUUCAGAUUCCAGUACCACCUUUAAAGCCUCUAUCCACCAAUUUCUGUCAAAUCAAAUUUCAGGACAAAAGCCCGCAAAACCUCUCCUUCUCUGCUCUCUGCUCCACACUCUUUCUAGGGUUUCUCUGUUUCCCUUCGCGAUUGCUUUCUCCUCAGGUUGUCUUGCUAUGGAUUCUUCUGCGCAGAAAUACCAACAUCGUCCCCUCGCGAUCAAAUUAUGGCCACCUAGCCAGAGUACUAGGCUUAUGCUUGUAGAGCGGAUGACCAAGAACCUGACAACUCCUUCAAUUUUCUCUAGGAAGUACGGACUUCUUAGCAAAGAAGAGGCUGAGGAGGAUGCCAAGCAGAUUGAGGAUGACGCUUUUGCCACUGCAACCCAACAUUUUGAGAAGGAGCCUGAUGGUGAUGGGAGUUCUGCUGUGCAAAUUUAUGCUAAGGAGUCAAGUAAGCUUAUGUUGGAGGUUUUGAAAAGAGGGCCAAGAGUGAAGGAGGACGGAGAAUUAACAUCUGGUAAGGCUGGUGCGACUGCUGAAACUGUUUUUGACAUAUCUGGCGGUCGUAGAGCCUUUAUUGAGGGAAAGGAAGCAGCAGAACUUUUGGAACCGUUGAGGGGACCAAACUCUUAUACCAAGAUAAUUUUUAGCAAUAGAAGUUUUGGCUUGGAUGCUGCCCGUAUUGCUGAACCCAUCCUAAUAUCAAUCAAGGAUCAAUUGAAAGAGGUAGACCUUUCAGAUUUUAUUGCUGGAAGAGCCGAAGCAGAAGCUCUUGAAGUGAUGUCUAUAUUUUCUUCUGCACUGGAAGGCUGUGAUUUGAGGUAUCUGAACCUGUCAAAUAAUGCCAUGGGAGAGAAGGGGGUUAGAGCUUUUCGCUCUCUCCUCAAAUCGCAAAUUAAUUUAGAGGAGCUUUAUUUGAUGAAUGAUGGUAUAUCAGAAGAAGCUGCAAAAGCAGUUUCUGAAUUGCUUCCUUCAACUGAGAAGCUCAGGGUUCUUCAUUUCCAUAAUAAUAUGACCGGGGAUGAAGGUGCAAUUGCCAUUGGUGAAAUAGUGAAACAUUCCCCAGCUUUGGAAGAUUUUCGGUGCUCAUCUACCAGAGUAGGCUCUGAUGGUGGAGUUGCCCUUGCUGAAGCACUUGGGGUUUGUAAGCAUUUGAGGAAGCUUGACUUGCGUGACAAUAUGUUUGGGGCAGAGGCUGGGAUUGCUCUAAGUAAAGUUAUACCUGCAUAUACUGAUCUUACAGAGAUAUACCUGAGUUAUUUGAACUUGGAGGAUGAUGGUGCAGAAUCCCUCGCUAACGCCCUCAAGGAAUCUGCACCAUCACUGGAAAUUUUGGAUUUGGCUGGGAAUGACAUUACUGCAAAGGGUGCUGCCUCUGUGGCUGCCUGUAUAUCAUCAAAACAAUUCCUCACUAAGAUUAAUUUAUCUGAGAAUGAACUGAAGGAUGAAGGUGUAGCUUUGAUCAGCAAGGCACUUGAAGUAGGGCGCCAAUUAAUUGAAGUUGAUUUGAGCACAAACUCGAUCACAUGGUCAGGUGCUAAGCUGGUGGCUGAAGCUGUUGUGGGGAAACCAGGUUUUAAGUUGUUAAACAUUAAUGCUAAUUUCAUUUCUGAUGAAGGGAUUGUUGAGUUGAAAAAUAUAUUUAAAAACUCACCUGAUAUGCUGGGUCCUUUGGAUGAGAAUGAUCCUGAAGGAGAAGACAGUGAUGAGAAGGCUGAAGAAGAUGGCGAACAUGAUGAAUUGGAAUCAAAAUUGAAGGGCCUUGGAAUUUAGAGAGAUUCAUAGGAGCAAACAUUCGGAUUUUACUUGAGAUUAAUUUGUAGGCCAAUUAAUAUUUUCUACAGACGUACUUGUUUCAGGCACGAUAGCUAGCUUUAAUCUUUGUAUUUUAGAUAUUCUAUUCCAUGACUCACUUUUAGAAGUUUACCGAUAUAUAUGCUAUUAAUAUAUCUGGCAAAACAAGAAAUGGGAAUAGCUGCAGAAAAUUUUUGGCUC